GCAGGGUGCACAAUGGGAUUUUUCUCUGACAUUUACAGGGAGAACCUGGAUAAUCUGGAGAUGAAUCUCACAGAAUUGUGGAGGCUCCCCUAUGACUGGGUACCCUGGAGUUUUUAACUCUCAGAGUUCCUUACACUGACCCUGAAGGAAUUACCCAAUUAUAGUUCAGGUUUUCCUACUCUGGCCUGGAUUCCUGUUGCAGUUUCCACUUGUGAAUCUCUGCUUUGAUUUAUGUUGGAGACAUUGUGGGGUUGGUUCCGGAGCACUGCAAUAAAGCAGAUGAUACAUGAUUUGUCUGCAAGUUUUUUCAUAUGGCAAGUCUCCAUAAAGUUUUCCAAUAUAUUUAUUAAAAAAUCUGCAUACAAAUGGACCCACAUUGUUCAAACCAGUGUUGAUCAAAGGUCAACCUUAAUAGUUCAACAUCAGUGGACAUAGCAGUGAAGAUAUUGAGAACUGUUGGGGUCUCCUUUAGAGGAACAGGACCUGAGAAAAUACAAAUUCAUUCUGCUUGAUACCUCUGUUCACGCCAGAAAUCUCCACAUGAAUGUUUAUAGCAGCUUUAUUCCUAAUUGCCAAAAACAGGAAGCAAGCAAGAUGUCCUCUGAAAGGGAAAACAGUUCCAAGCGGACCCUGACCCAAGUAUGAAGAGGCAUGAUUUCUGGUCCCAGCUUUAGCACUUCCUAACCACGAGAUUUGGGGAGAAUGAAGACAGAAAGGGGUCAUCGGUGAAUGAGAUUCUUCUCUUAGUGAAGCUGGGAGCGGGUAUGAGAGAUCUCUUCUAAGGUCAUAUGUGAUUCCAUCUGAUAUACAUAGGAGAGAAAGUGACUGAAGAACUCAGAUGGCAACUAUAUGAUUGAAACUAUUCAAAGUCAAACAGCUGCAUAUUCUUUCAACUAUAUCCGAGCGUACUCAGGAUAUCAAGUGUGAUUGAACUCAACGUCUGUUUGGCUGAUCAUCAUGAAUCGUGCUUUUAGCAGAAAGAAAGACAAAACAUGGAUGCAUACGCCUGAAGCUUUAUCAAAACAUUACAUUCCCUAUAAUGCAAAGUUUCUUGGCAGUACAGAAGUGGAGCAGCCUAAAGGAACAGAAGUUGUAAGAGAUGCUGUGAGGAAACUAAAGUUUGCAAGACAUAUCAAGAAGUCUGAAGGCCAGAAAAUUCCUAAAGUUGAGCUGCAAAUAUCAAUAUAUGGAGUAAAAAUUCUAGAACCUAAAACAAAGGAAGUCCAACACAAUUGCCAGCUUCAUAGAAUAUCAUUUUGUGCUGAUGAUAAAACUGACAAGAGGAUAUUCACUUUCAUAUGCAAAGAUUCUGAGUCAAAUAAACAUUUGUGCUAUGUAUUUGACAGCGAAAAGUGUGCUGAAGAAAUAACUUUAACAAUUGGCCAAGCAUUUGACCUGGCAUACAGGAAAUUUCUAGAAUCUGGAGGGAAAGAUGUCGAAACAAGAAAACAGAUCGCAGGAUUACAGAAAAGAAACUUAGUGUUCUCAUGUGACUUUGCUUCACUUCCUGAUGCUUCUCAUGGGGAUCAGAGCAGCAGAAGCAGCAGAUGCUGGAUUCAAGACUUAGAAACCGAAAACAUGGAACUUAAAAACAGAGUGCAAGAUUUGGAAAGCCAAUUAAGAAUAACCCAAGUAUCAACAUCUCCACUGCUGCACCAAGUGUCUGAUCAUGAGCAACAUGGGUUUCAGAGAUGCUCAUCCUCUUUCUGGCGUAGUAGUGAUGAUGAUUCAUCUUCCUGUCUAAAUAUUUCUUCCAUUACUGUCACUCCUGUCAACUCACCUGAUUCCAGACUGUCAUUGGGACUGUUAAUACCACCACCUUCUAAAUGUGGCCUUCCCAAGCCAAUCAGUGAGAGCAGCAUCCCAAGACCUCAUGCAGGCAGUGUGACACCUAAGUCACCCUCCACUGACAUCUUCGAUAUGAUACCAUUUUCUCCAAUAUCACACCCAUCUUCAACACCUACCCGCAAUGGCACACAGCCACCUCCAAUACCUAGUAGAUCUACUGAGAUUAAACGGGACCUGUUUGGAGCAGAACCUUUUGACCCAUUUAACUGUGGAGCAGGGGAUUUCCCUCCAGAUAUUCAAUCAAAAUUAGAUGAGAUGCAGGAGGGGUUCAAAAUGGGACUAACUCUUGAAGGCACAGUAUUUUGUCUCGACCCAUUAGACAGCAGGUGCUGAUGUCAAGAACAAGAGAUCCAGAUUUGUGUUUAAUUUGUUUUCUAUACAUAUACAUCAUUCAUUAUUAUUUUAUGAAAGGUAGUAUUCAUGUGCCAAUAUAUUUUUGAAAAUCUUAACUUUUUGAAAAUUAUUUUAGUAAAAUGUUCAUUAUUGAUCUAUAACAUUUAUUUCAAAAACAACUAAUUGUAAAGUAAAUCAUACUUUUAUGUUCCUUUCUGUUUCUCUUGUAGAUGAAUUUAUAAUCAAAAAACAGAUUACCCAAAUAUCUGUCUUGUGUCUGAGUUCUAAAUAAUUAGCAUCUUGAAAUUUGUGUUCAUUCUCCAGGCUGCUAGUUUAUUAUUGAUUCCCAAAAGCCAUGCUUUAAUGAUACCUUUCAAAGUCUUGACAAGAUAUACCAAUGCCAAGCUAAAUAUGUUCUAUAUUCAAACCAAUAAACAUGUUACCAUCCAUUAGACAGAUGUUAUUUUAUGGAUUAAAUGUUGUUCAUGUCAUUGCAAAAUGUAAACUUUGAAUAUAAUGCCACGAGGUCAUUUGUAGCAAGUAAAAUAGCAAAAAUAUAAUUUCCAAUAAUAAUUAAAGCAAAUAGAGUAUUUGUUAGCAAAAACAAAGUAAUAGUGUUAUCUAUUAUUAUCAGUUAUACUCUAAGUCUUUUAUUUAUUUCAUAAGUAAAGAUUAUGGGAAAAAAUGAACAUUUGCUCUUCGCAAAACACUUAAUAUUUAAUUUCUAAUGAGAUAAGAUAGACACCUAUCUAAUGAGAUAAGGAUUUACGUUGCUAAGCAUCUCAAUAUCAUCUGAGCUAAUAUUUCCUAAAAAAAUAUUUGGAAUUUAGGCUGUCUAUGGUUGCAAUGUCUAUUACCCAUGUAUACUUUACCAACUAUAUUUUUUCUCACUGAAUAAAAUUAUUCUUCUCAUAUUUUCUCCUUUUCAUAGAUAUUUUCUCACCAAAUUUUAUUUUGUGAUGACCCAUUAGUUUUGAUAUUUUGAAAUCUAUGACAACUAUUCUUUAUGAAUCAUCAAUAUUAUUUACAAAUUUAAUUUGUAUUUGUUUUUGUUGAAGUCAGAAUCUCAUUUUUCACAAAAACCAAGUGGCUUCUCAGUUUGGUUCAACAUAAACAAUAAAAUUUUCUUGUACUUAAUUCAUAAUGUGUUGAUGAGCUCUGACCCUUAAAAAUGUUUGUUUCCUAUGCAUUUGCCCAUUAUGUAACAAGCUUUAGUUUGUACUCAGUGCAAGAAAAAUCUAUGGUCAAAAUUUAAAAUUUGGUUCAUCACAUCAUAAGAAAAAUAGAUUAAUGAAAAUAUGAGCUUAGAUUAGGGGUAGAUCUUAAAAGUAGAUUUUUAUUUUACUCAUGGGAAUUUCUGUCAAGUGCUAAAGGUACAUAUUCAGUAGGAAAAGAAAUCAAAUAUGCUUAUGCAAUAUUAUAUUUGUAUGUAUCUUCAUGAUGUUCUAUGGUAUAUAUAAGCCUUGUUUUCUGUUAUCUGCUAAGUUGUACCUUAAUUAGAGGUUAGUAUAUGUUUCAUAAAGAAGAAUCUUUAUAAUUUUGUUUGUCAUAUAGUAUUUUGGAAUUUGUAUAAUGAGGAUGUUUAGAAGCCAUUUCAAUGGCUUUUUUUUUAACAGAUAGAAUUUGUAUUUUUAUUGUACUUUAAAAAGCUUUAUGUAAUAGGUAUAUAUUUAGCAGCCAUUUAUUAUCAAUGGUAACACAAUAGCGUACUAAGAUGGUAUUUGCACACUUAAGACACGUUACUUUACCAAUUUUUAAUGGUAAUCAGUUCUACUGGCAUGACUAAAUAGUACAUAAUUGCUCAUUAAUUAUGAACAUUUAUUUCACCAGUGCAUUUUUAUGAAGAUCCAGUUGAAAAUUGUAUUUCUAUGUAAACUCAAUGAUAUGUUUGAUUUUGCUGAGAAUAAAUAAUUUUAAAUAAAUAAA